AAGCUAGCUCAGGUAAUUACAGGUAGAUAUGGGCUCCGCUCCAAAUCACAGCAGCGUUAACGUUACAGACACGGGACUCUCCGGCAAACCGGUCUCUGCUGUCUCGUUAGUGGGACAUGUCCGGCAGGUCGUUAGCCAUGUGAAGAUAGAAAACCUGGUCGCAGGACUCAGUGGGGGAGUGAUGUCAACACUGGUGCUUCACCCACUGGACCUGGUCAAAAUCAGGUUCGCAGUGAGUGAUGGCUUGGAUUUACGACCUAAGUACAGUGGCAUAGUGCACUGUAUGAAAAGUGUCUGGCAGCAGGAGGGACUGAGAGGACUGUAUCAAGGAGUGACACCCAAUGUUUGGGGUGCUGGAGCGUCUUGGGGACUCUACUUCUUUUUCUACAAUGCAAUCAAAGGGUACACAAAGGAGGGUCGUCAAACGGAACUCAGUGCCACAGAACACCUGGUGUCUGCAGCCGAAGCAGGAGUCCUGACGCUCACCCUAACCAACCCGAUCUGGGUGACCAAGACCCGGCUGGUGCUGCAGUACAAUGCUGACCCAACCAGUAAACAGUACAAGGGGAUGGUGGAUGCUCUGGUCAAGAUCUACCGUCAAGAGGGAGUGCCUGGACUAUACAAGGGUUAUGUUCCUGGUCUAUUUGGCACAUCGCAUGGAGCGCUGCAGUUCAUGGCCUAUGAAGAGCUCAAGAGAGACUACAACAAAUACAAGAAAGUGCCUUCAGAUGCAAAGCUGAAUGCAGUGGAAUAUAUCACAAUGGCAGCAUUAUCCAAAAUAUUCGCUGUGGCCACAACAUACCCAUAUCAGGUGGUGCGAGCUCGCCUGCAAGACCAGCACAAUAGAUACAACGGAGUUAUUGAUGUCAUAAGACGGACAUUGAGGAACGAAGGAGCCAUUGGUUUCUACAAAGGCAUCAUCCCCAAUCUGAUACGCGUCACUCCCGCCUGCUGCAUCACCUUUGUAGUUUAUGAGAAUGUGUCUCGCUUCCUUCUGGGAGAAAAUAAGUGAGGCCUAAAAGAAGGGCAUGGACAGCUGCAAAGACUCUGAAUGAAGACACCGACACGGUUGGUGCCACACCAGGAUACAGAGAGAAAAGCAUCAGACUGAAACCGAAGUCUCACAGUGCAUGUAAACGCACUGAAAAUGAAUGAAAAAGUUGCCAAACUGAGUAACAGAAUCGACAGUGGAUUUUCUUUCUUUGAAUACAAAUUCUGGCUUGUCAGUGAAAUGUGAUGAGGACGUCAUCUGUCUCUGAUUCAUCCCUAAACUCUGACCUUGGGGAAGAAGAAUGUCGCUGUUCAGCCCAGUGGAUUGAAUGCUGUUGUGAUCAUAGCUUUUCUUUUAAACCGACGUGUAAGUCGGUUUUCGGGCUUAUGUCAGGGGAGAGCGAUUAAAAUAAUUAUUUCAUCAUGUAGUAGUAAGGUUUACAUUUUUAUGUUUUCUCGCAGCAGAAAGGGACAUAGACUGAAAAGUUAAAAGCUGGCGAUCAACAGCAAAUAGAGAUCUUCUCAGGUUCCUAGUUGCAUGUAUGUGUAAUAUUAGUUUGUCUCUUUUAAAUUAUUUCUUUAUGCGAAAAGCGAAAAUAGAGAUUGUGUUUGGUCUAAACACACCAACGUAUCUCUGAAAAUUCAUUCUUUGUCGACAUUAUCUUUGUUUUCUUGCAACAAAUUGUAACUGCAUUGCUUUAUAACAUUUUGUUAUAAAAUCCAAACUGCUUUAUCUCCGUUAUAUGUGAUAUAUGUGUGAUAUAUGUAAAUAUAUUAGAUGUAUAUUGCUUUGUGGCUAUAUGAAAUUAAGUACAUGGUAUUGCAAAGCCUAUAAAAACAUUGCAGUGAUUAUAAGUAGUCACAACACUGAGUUAAAUUCUUUAAAAUAAAAAAAG